AUGGUCCACUUAAUCAAUGCCUUUGCUUCUUUACAGCGAAUCCCAUUCCAAUUGACAAACAUAGCCGUCCGUUACAGAGCAGGGAUUAACCUUAAACCAGAUACAGCAACAAAAUUAGCGGUGAUGUCUUCGAAUCAGAACAGCUGCGGAAUCACAACGUGCGAGAAGCUGGAUCGGAUGGCUAAUUGGGUUGGGACCAGCGUAGCUUCGGCCUUCUUUGCCUCACUUGAACGCUGCGCCUGCAUCAAUCUCGCCACCUCGCACGACGAAUAUGAUGAUGAAGAAGAGGCUAAAGAUAGACCGCUUAUGCUCACCAAACCCAUCUCGUUUAAUGAUCACUCCUCCCACCGCCGCACGGUUUAA